AUGAAUGAAGAUUCACUCGACCAAUCUCCACCAGUGCAACAUCAGCAGGGCAAUCUUGACGAGUUGAACCGUAAUCACGAGCAUCACCAUGACUCCUAUGGAGAUGAUAAUCGAUCCAACUUGGCAUCACCAACCGCAGCUAGCACCACUGUUCUCAAUAGUCACGUAUUUAUGCACAGCUCCAACCCUUCCUCACCCUUGCCUGUUGUACAACCCUCUCCAACCACGACUCAGUCCCUUGCCAAUGAGAUGGGACCUCCAAGCACAUCCGAUACCGCUCAAUUUGAUCCAGCUGAGCUUGCGGCCUUGGCACAGGCCGCACAGCUCGCUGCGCUGGCUCCAUUCCAGGUUGCCAGACUUGCUGAACUUGCCACUAUCGCUCAGAGUGUCGUCGAUAAUGCACAUUCGACACCUCAAGGGAAAGAGAGUAACCAACUCACCAGAGCAACAUAG